CAGCUCCACCCGAGCGGAAUUUAAAAAGGACGCGACCGCCCGUCGAUCGAGAGUCGACCAUACAGCGAGUCUCCGACCGUACCAGAGGACAGAGAGGACGCGGGUAUACAUACGCUGCACGUUAUAGUUGGCCCUGUCUUGUAGGAGCUUGGGCCAUCCCUACCCAAACUCGAUCUCUUCGAUUUUCGAACGUGAUCGACUCCAACUUCUUUUGAAUCCCCGUCUCGAGGCCUGAUGUUUUGAUUCAACCCCACUCUGGUUCCUUUUUUUUUUACUAUUUCCAGAAAUAUUGCCCCCCCACAGCAUGACCGAAGAGAAUUAUCGUCCACGAUCGCCCGACUUCUCCUCUCCCUCUCACCCCAACUCCAACGCCAGCAUCAACUCCGACUCCAACUUCACGUACAACCCCACUCCGUACGCGCCGCAGAGCCCCGUCAACCAGCGCGCCUCUUACGACGCCUCUCCCUUUUUCUCCUCGACUUAUCAACGCCCCACUUCUUCGAGUCGCGUUCCCCAACAGUACGUGCCUCCUUUCCACGGCUUCGACGAGAUGGCCCGUCGCUCAUCGCGUUUGCAGCCCGCGGACGCGCCCGUCCCCGUCGCCGCUGCUCCCGAGACAAUGCCCGCCAUCGCCCCCUUGCAAGAUGAGGCCCUCCAGCCUCGCCCUGGAGCUGCCAUUGAAGUGAAAACUAAAUUCCCCGUCGCGCGCAUCAAACGCAUUAUGCAAGCCGAUGAAGACGUUGGCAAGGUUGCCCAAGUCACUCCCAUCGCUGUCUCCAAAGCACUCGAGCUCUUCAUGAUCUCCCUCGUCACCAAAGCCGCCCAAGAAGCCAAGGAGCGCAAUUCCAAGCGCGUCACCGCCACUCACCUGAAACACGCGGUCGCCAAAGACGAAGUACUCGAUUUCCUGGCCGACAUCAUUGCCAAGGUUCCCGAUGCUCCCGCUGGCCGCAAACACGAAGAUGACGGCAGUGAUCAAAAUGAGGGUCGUCGGAAGCGGGGUGGACGGCGACCCAAGGAGGAGAGCGAUUGAUGAAGAGCACUGCGCUAUUUGGACACGAUUGACGACGUGCUAGAAAUGGGACCGGCACCCGGCGCAUUGAUGAUCUGGAAGACCUUUUUUUUUUGUUUCCUCUCCCUUGCCAUUGUAUUUCUGGGAGGGCGUUCUGGGUGGGUUGGGACUUUUUUUUAUGUUAUUUCUCCUCUUACUGGGCAGAGGGGUAGCGCAUCUUUUUGUUUCUGUGAAUAGGUUCGGUGUAGUCCUGCGCUUAGGAAACUCGCGUCCAUCCCCAAAACAAUGGAAAAAUUGGGCCGCGAUGAGAUUCAAACAAUUGCAUUUUCCAGGCGUAGACGAAACCUAAACAAUUUC